CCUCAAAAACGAGCCGUAUGAGGCACUUGAUUUUUGUCCCAUGUCAGAGACUCAUGGCACAAGUGUAGCCCUGAAUUUACUGCUGAGGAGGGCCAAUUAGCGAACUUAGAGUGUCUACAAAAGCCUAGAAGUGAAUGAAAUCACGUGGGUUUUGCUCCAAGGCACAUCGCCAAGCUCAUCGCUCUCCCCUGGUUCUGGUCUAGGGUGUUUUUGCGGCUCUAUAAAUAGGUGUGCUCACUGGUUCAAUCUAGCACAGGAUACGCUAAGCCAGGCUUCAAAAUGGGGAUAAAGAAGCAUUUUGUCUGCGGAUUCUUGCUAUUCUGGUUUCUAUGUGUGAGUGGUGUAGAGCAGAAAGGCUCGCCUUUUUGUGCAUUCCCAGCAAUUUACAACUUCGGAGACUCAAAUUCAGACACUGGAGGCAUAUCAGCUUCAUUUGAGCCCAUUUCUGGGCCAUAUGGCUCGGGCUUCUUCCAUAAGCCUUCAGGAAGAGACAGCGAUGGCCGCCUCAUCAUAGAUUUCAUAGCUGAGAAGUUGAAAUUGCCUUACUUGAGUGCUUAUCUGAAUUCACUUGGGACCAAUUACCGGCACGGUGCAAAUUUCGCGACGGGAGGAUCCACCAUCAGAAGGCAAAACGAAACCAUAUUUGAGUAUGGGAUAAGCCCAUUCUCGCUUGACAUCCAGAUUGUCCAAUUUGUUCAGUUCAAAGCACGCACCACUGAGCUCUACAAACAAGCUAAGAACCCAUUCGAAAAAAGCAAGCUUCCAGUACCAGAGGAGUUCUCGAAGGCGCUUUACACAUUUGAUAUUGGUCAAAAUGAUCUCUCUGUUGGCUUCAGAAAGAUGAGCUUCGACCAACUCCGUGCAGCUAUGCCUGAUAUCAUCAACCAGCUAGCCUCUGCAGUGAGACAUCUAUACCAACAAGGAGGGAGGGCAUUUUGGAUACACAACACAGGACCAAUUGGGUGCCUGCCAGUGAAUCUGUUUUACAAGCAUAAUUUACCAGCAGGUUAUCUUGACCAGUAUGGGUGCGUGAAGGAUCAGAAUGAGAUGGCCAUAGAGUUCAACAAACAGCUUAAAAACAAAAUUAUCAAGCUGAGGGCAGAGCUCCCACAAGCUUCAAUCACAUAUGUGGAUGUCUAUGCUGCAAAGUAUGGACUCAUCAGCAAAGCUAAGAAUGAAGGAUUUGUUGAUGCACUGAAGAUCUGCUGCGGAUAUCACGUGAAUGACACUCAUAUAUGGUGCGGGACAAAACAAAUGGUGAAUGGAAAAGCCGUGUAUGGUGCUUCUUGCGAGAAUCCCUUGAAAUAUGUAAGCUGGGAUGGUGUUCAUUACGCUGAGGCUGCUAAUCAUUGGGUUGCUGAUCGAAUCCUCAAUGGUUCUUUGUCAGACCCACCAAUUCCAAUUACCCAAGCAUGUUACAGGCACUAGAAGUCGUGCCAUGAGUUAGAACCGCAAUUCAACUUAUCGAGCAUUCCCAAAGGCAGUCAUGUCGCAAAUAGCAAGCAUAAAUGGAGGUCAUUUCUGUAUUAGGUCAGCAAUGCGCCACGGACCAAUCUAAUUACCACUUUUACCAGUUUUUUUUCUUUUUGAGAAAGAUCUUCUUGCAAAAUGAAACUGUACUAUUCAACGUUAUCAUUUCUUUUAGUAUGGAAGCUUCUUUGUUUCUUGGCAUUA